CCCCGGGAGGGCUUCGGCGGCGGCGGGAACCAGACCAACGGCAGCUGCUCGCAGAGUGACCCGUGCGAGCCGGGUGUCCUGCUCCCCGUCUGGAACCCGCUCAACCCCUCGGUCGGCGACAAGGUGGCGCGCGCCAUCGUCUACUUCGUGGCGCUGGUCUACAUGUUCCUGGGCAUGUCCAUCAUCGCCGACCGCUUCAUGUCGUCCAUCGAGGUCAUCACGUCGCAGGAGAAGGAGAUCACCAUCAAGAGGCCCAACGGCGAGACCACCACCGCCACCGUGCGCAUCUGGAACGAGACGGUCUCCAACCUGACCCUCAUGGCCCUGGGCUCGUCCGCCCCGGAGAUCCUGCUGUCGGUCAUCGAGGUGUGCGGCCACGGCUUCGAGUCCGGCGCCCUGGGGCCGUCCACCAUCGUGGGCAGCGCGGCAUUCAACAUGUUCGUCAUCAUCGGCCUGUGCGUCUACGUGGUGCCCGACGGCGAGACCAGGAAGGUCAAGCACCUGCGCGUGUUCUUCGUGACCGCCGCCUGGAGCAUCUUCGCCUACAUCUGGCUCUACCUGAUCCUGUGCGUGCUGUCGCCCGGCGAGGUGGAGGUGUGGGAGGCCGUGCUCACCUUCAUGUUCUUCCCACUCUGCGUGGUGCAGGCCUGGAUUGCGGACCGUCGCCUCCUCUUCUACAAGUACGUGCGCAAGCGUUACCGUGCCGACAAAAGCCACGGCAUCGUGGUGGAGACGGAGGGUGGAGACGACCUGAUGAUGAAGGAGACCGGCUUCACCAAGAUGGACAUGCUGGAGCUGGACGGCAUGAACUCGCACCUGGACGGCAUGCUGGCCAGCGGGGGUGAGGACGGCGGCGGCGGCGCCCUGCGCGACCAGGAUGACGAGGCCAGGAGGGACAUGGCCCGGACGCUCAAGGACCUCAAGCACAGACACCCCGAUAAGGACCAGGAGCAGCUCAUUGAGAUGGCCAACUACCAGGUUCUGGUGCAGCAGCAGAAGAGCCGGGCAUUCUACCGCAUCCAGGCCACGCGCAUGAUGAUCGGCGCGGGCAACAUCCUGAAGAAGCACGCGGCCGACCAGGCCCGCAAGGUGGUCAGCAGCAACGAGCAGCAGGAGCAGGAGGACACCUCACACUAUCGCGCUUCUGGACUUCCAGCCCGGCCAAAUCACCUGGUGCUUGAUGCUCAUGGCUCGCUCAAGCCUCUUCACGUGGUGUGACAUGGAGGAGACCCCAGCUGCACCGUCAAGGUCGACUACCGCACCGAGGACGGCACUGCCAACGCCGGCUCGGACUACGAGUUCGCCGAGGGCACGCUCCUCUUCAAGCCGGGCGAGAUGCUCAAGGAGGUGACGGUGGGCAUCAUCGACGACGACAUCUUCGAGGAGGACGAGUACUUCUACGUGCGGCUGAGCGACCCGCGCAUCGUGGGCUGGGCCGACGGGCACCCUCCUGCGCCCGAGGUGCCCGGCGCGCCCACCUACCAGGCGGCACUGGGCGAGGCGCACACGGCCACCGUCACCAUCUACGACGACGACCACGCCGGCAUCUUCACCUUCGAGUGCGAGUCGGAGCGCGUCAGCGAGAGCGUGGGCACCAUGCAGGUGAAGGUGUUGCGCACGUCGGGCGCCCGCGGCCUGGUGGCCGUCCCGUACCGCACGCUGGAUGGCACCGCCAAGGGCGGCGAUGACUACGAGGAGGCAGUCGGCAAGCUGGAGUUCCAGAACGACGAGACUUUGAAAAUUAUUGAGGUGAAAAUCAUUGAUGAUGAGGAGUACGAGAAGAACAAAACUUUCACCAUCGAGCUGGGUGAACCAGUACUACUGGAGAUUGGACAAAAGCAUGGAGACUCCAAUGAGAACAAGCCAGCGGUGGGGGCAGAGGACGAGGAGGUGGCCAAGAUGGGCUGCCCCAGUCUCGGAGAGCACACUCGGCUGGAGGUGGUCAUUGAGGAGUCCUACGAGUUCAAGAAUACAGUGGAUAAGCUCAUCAAGAAAACCAACCUGGCUCUGGUGGUGGGCAGCAGCAGCUGGAGGGAGCAGUUUGUCAGCGCCGUCACGGUCAGCGCAGGAGACGACGACGAGGAGGAGAGCGGUGAGGAGCGUCUGCCCUCCUGCUUUGACUACAUCAUGCACUUCCUCACCGUCUUCUGGAAGGUUCUGUUCGCCUUCGUGCCGCCCACCGAGUACUGGAACGGCUGGGCCUGCUUCAUCGUGUCCAUCACCCUCAUUGGCGUGCUGACCGCCGUCACCGGCGACCUGGCCUCCCAUUUCGGCUGCACCAUCGGCCUGAAGGACUCCGUCACCGCCGUAGUGUUCGUGGCCCUGGGCACCUCCGUCCCGGUAGACACCUUCGCCAGCAAAGUGGCGGCCAUCCAGGACCAGUAUGCCGAUGCCUCCAUCGGCAAUGUGACGGGCAGCAACGCCGUCAACGUCUUCCUGGGCAUCGGCGUGGCCUGGACCAUCGCCGCCGUCCACUGGCGCCUCAAGGGCAAGACGUUCUACGUGCCGCCGGGCUCGCUGGCCUUCUCCGUGUCGCUGUUCACCGGGCUGGCCGUGGUCGCCGUCAGCGUGCUCCUGUACCGCCGGCGUCCGGGGGUGGCCGGCGGCGAGCUGGGCGGGCCUCGGACUUGCAAGCUGGUCACGGCCGCCCUCUUCUUCAGCUUCUGGCUCAUCUACAUCCUCAUGGCCUCGCUGGAGGCCUACUGCCACAUCCCCGGCUUCUGAGAGAGAUGGAGGGAUGGAGAGAGAGAGAGAGAGAGAGAGAUGGAGGGAGAGGAGGAAGAAAGAAAGAAGAUGCAAAAUUGAGGACAUUAAGGGCAAAAAUUUUUAUGAAGUGAAAGAGAUUUGUUAGGGAAAAGAGAAGAGAUAGAGAGAAGAAAAAGGAGGAAGGAGUGAGACAGAGAGAGAGAGAGAGAGAGAAUGUCAGUCAAAGUAGUGACCAAAUGUCACGUUUAGUGAAGAGAAAGAUCUAGAAUGGCGGCGUGUAAUGAUGGAGCUAUGAAGAAGAGCAAACCUGGAGUUCCU